UGCUCGCUAUCGUAUGUUAGUUUAGUUUUGGUGAGUAUAUGGAUUUUUCAACUUUGAGUUAAUUGAAAUGCCAGGUUUAUACUUAUGACAGUUGUUCUCCACACCGCGUGUCUUGGUAAACAAACAAAGGAACUGGGGCGAGCCAGGAUCUCAGUUGAUGAGGGCGAGACUUUACUCGUCCAGUGCGCGUUCAAACAUCAUGUGACUCAUUCACUAAUUAGUGAGCAGAUUUCCUUACCACUUAUCACCAAUAUUUGUCUUUGAGGGAUCUAAAGCCCGACCGAUGAUUGUAACAGUCACUGGUGCUAGUUUAUAUCGGCUGUGGCCGAGGGCGUCCCAUCGGAAACUUUGGAUGUGAUUGUGUGUGGGGUUUUUUUUGUGAUUUUUUUUUUUGUUACAUUGUCAUGUGAAUGUUACGGAACCGUGUCGAGAGUUAUUGAACAAUAGUGAAUACAGUCGGUUCAGCAGCUGUUGGAGCGCGCUAUUCAAACAGGGAAAGUGUGAAGGAAAGUAGACUGACUUGCCGGGAGACGCUGAUGUGGGACUAUGUUAUGUCACUUAAAUCAAUUUGAAUUUUGAAAAUACCAUUUCAGUUGUUAAUGUCGCUGUUUGUCUGCUGAGUUUAGUAGGUGCAACAUAAAUAUUGUGACCUUAUGUACGCUAGCCAUGUGACGUCUGCCGAUACAGCUACAGCAGCUGAUAUUGUCGAUAGUGAUGGAGGCGACCCAUUCAUACUGAGAAGCUAACAAAGAGCAGUGGCACGGUGUGGGAGUACUAUAAAGUUUUACUUUUAAGGAAGGUUUUUGUUUACUAAGUAGAAAAUGUCGUUGAACUGUACGGCGACGCUGAUGCCGCAUCACCAGAAGAAACCGACCCUGGCUGUCCAGCCCCGACAGAAGAAACCAUUGACCAAUGGAACGGACAUCGUGACGACGUACUCGUACACCUUUAUGGAAAACAACAACCGCAGACCGUCCAGACCUGUGAUGGCCUCUGGACCACCCAACUACAAAGUGAUUCUAUGUGGGGAAUACGGAGUUGGCAAGAGUUCCAUAUUCCGUAGAUUCAUGAAUGACACAUUCACCACGGAAACGGGAAAGAAGUCGACAGCAGGGCUGGAUCAGAGUAGCCAGUUAUUCAAUAUAAAUGGAAUGGAUGUCAAGAUGUCACUAUGGGAUACCGGAGGUAUGGAGAGAAUGAGUUUCAUUGGUUCGAGUUAUUACCGAGGGGCGAACGCAGCCCUCUUGUGUUACAGUGUGCUUAACAGGGAAACGUUUACCAUCCUAUCACAGUAUAUUCUAGACAUUGUCAUGAAUGCUGAGGGAGCCAAAAUAUUUCUCUGUGGAAAUAUGGCCGACUGUGAUGGUGAGGACAAAGUCACAGAGUCUGACAUCGAGAACUUUAUCCGUGAGUGUGGGGACGUGUUGUCUGGUGUGUAUUCCAUAUCCUGUAAGGAAAACGAAGGAGUUUAUGAUAUGUUCAAAGACAUGGCUCGUGUGCUGCAUGAAGAAGCUAUGGGCCGCAUGACACUGAGAAAAGAGUUACAUGUGAUUCGACCUGGGGAAACACCGGAAGAGACAAAUCAUCACAGGAAAAAGUGUUGUAGCUGAUAUGGAAGUCUGAAUCAUAUAUAUAUAUAUAUAUAUAUAUAUAUAUUGUACAUAUCUUUUUUGAUACAUAUUUACAUAGAGAGUAUAUUUCAUACAGGCCCAUGGUGCCUUUUCAUUACAUGAUCAGGUCUUACAGUGAACACGUGCCUUUCAGUGUAAGGAGUGUUGAGGUUGAUGACACAAAAUGUCUGUACCUCGUCCUCCAUACUGUUACAGUGUAAGGAGUGUGGAGGUCGACAACACAAUCUGUCUGUACCUCGUCCUCCGUACCAUUACAGUGUAAGGAGUGUGGAGGUCGACGACACAAUCUGUCUGUAGCUCGUCCUCCGUACCGUUACAGUGUAAGGAGUGUGGAGGUCGCGACACAAUCUGUCUGUACCUCGUCCUCCGUACCGUUACAGUGUAAGGAGUGUGGAGGUCGACGACACAAUCUGUCUGUAGUGUCCUCCAUACCGUUACAGUGUAAGGAGUGUGGAGGUCCACGACACAAUCUGUCUGUAGCUCGUCCUCCGUACCGUUACAGUGUAAGGAGUGUGGAGGUCGACAACACGAUCUGUCUGUAGUGUCCUCCGUACCGUUACAGUGUAAGGAGUGUGGAGGUCCACGACACAAUCUGUCUGUACCUCGUCCUCCGUACCAUUACAGUGUAAGGAGUGUGGAGGUCCACGACACAAUCUGUCUGUAGUGUCCUCCAUACCGUUACAGUGUAAGGAGUGUGGAGGUCGACGACACAAUCUGUCUGUAGUGUCCUCCGUACCAUUACAGUGUAAGGAGUGUGGAGGUCGACGACACGAUCUGUCUGUACCUCGUCCUCCGUACCGUUACAGUGUAAGGAGUGUGGAGGUCGACGACACGAUCUGUCUGUACCUCGUCCUCCGUACCAUUACAGUGUAAGGAGUGUGGAGGUCGACGACACAAUCUGUCUGUACCUCGUCCUCCGUACCGUUACAGUGUAAGGAGUGUGGAGGUCCACGACACAAUCUGUCUGUACCUCGUCCUCCGUACCGUUACAGUGUAAGGAGUGUGGAAGUCGACUACACAAUCUGUCUGUAGUGUCCUCCGUACCGUUACAGUGUAAGGAGUGUGGAGGUCGACGACACAAUCUGUCUGUAGUGUCCUCCGUACCGUUACAGUGUAAGGAGUGUGGAGGUCGACGACACAAUCUGUCUGUACCUCGUCCUCCGUACCGUUACAGUGUAAGGAGUGUGGAGGUCGACGACACGAUCUGUCUGUACCUCAUCCUCCGUACCGUUACAGUGUAAGGAGUGUGGAGGUCGACGACACAAUCUGUCUGUACCUCGUCCUCCGUACCGUUACAGUGUAAGGAGUGUGGAGGUCGACGACACGAUCUGUCUGUAGCUCGUCCUCCGUACCGUUACAGUGUAAGGAGUGUGGAGGUCGACUACACAAUCUGUCUGUAGUGUCCUCCGUACCGUUACAGUGUAAGGAGUGUGGAGGUCGACGACACAAUCUGUCUGUAGUGUCCUCCGUACCGUUACAGUGUAAGGAGUGUGGAGGUCGACGACACAAUCUGUCUGUAGCUCGUCCUCCGUACCGUUACAGUGUAAGGAGUGUGGAGGUCGCGACACAAUCUGUCUGUACCUCGUCCUCCGUACCGUUACAGUGUAAGGAGUGUGGAGGUCGACGACACGAUCUGUCUGUACCUCGUCCUCCGUACCGUUACAGUGUAAGGAGUGUGGAGGUCGACUACACAAUCUGUCUGUAGUGUCCUCCGUACCGUUACAGUGUAAGGAGUGUGGAGGUCGACGACACAAUCUGUCUGUAGUGUCCUCCGUACCGUUACAUUGUAAGGAGUGUGGAGGUCGACUACACAAUCUGUCUGUAGCUCGUCCUCCGUACCGUUACAGUGUAAGGAGUGUGGAGGUCGCGACACAAUCUGUCUGUACCUCGUCCUCCGUACCGUUACAGUGUAAGGAGUGUGGAGGUCGACGACACAAUCUGUCUGUAGUGUCCUCCGUACACUGAUCUGUAGGAUUGUAUGACCUUCACCUUUCAUCAGCCUUCAGGCUUAUGAUGGUGCUGACUAUUUUAAGGGUUCAAAUUUUGUGUAUUUGGACAAAUCUUAUUUUGUUGAAACACCAUUGACAAGUACAAUACAUCAGUUUUUACUUAUUGUUUAUCAUAACUUAAUAAGUGCCACAUACUUUGUGGGCUUUAUAUACUGAAAAGCUCCAAAAGUGCUGUUAUAUUAGAAUAGUGUUAUAAUCUACCCCUUCAUCCCAAUCAUACUGGACCAACUCGAUUCCUGUAAUCACCCUAAACUGCCAUCUCCACAAAUACAUUGGACCAAUGUUAUUGCCAGAAUUUUGCUUUAAAUUUAUUAACUAAAGAAAUCUCAGCUGGUGUUUAUAAUGCUUUAUGUUUUGUAAUACAUGUAUUUAACUGUGUAAUUAUUUUUUUUCAUUACAUCCUGUCACAUUUCUAUACCAUGUGUACUGCUUAUAGAAUUUGUGUGUAUUGGAUACAUCUGUCUUCAGAGGCCUCAUGUCUCUCAGCCAACAACAGGAACUAAAUCAUUUCUCUCAUCUGUGAUAGCAAUGAUACAGAUAUUGCCCGUCAAUUUGCACUUUCAAGAAUGUGCACUUAUAAGAUAGCUAGGAGGUAAAUAGAGUCUCAAAAGAGGAAAACAACUAUAUAGGUUAGAGGCUAUAGAAGGGUAUAAAGGUUAGAGGCUAUGGAAGGGUAUAAAGGUUAGAGGCUAUGGAAGGGUAUAAAGGUUAGAGGCUAUGGAUGUCUAUAAAGGUUAGAGGCUAUGGACGUCUAUAAGGUUAAAUGCUAUGGACGUCUAUAAAGGUUAGAGGCUAUGGAUGUCUAUAAAGGUUAGAGGCUAAGGACGUCUAUAAAGGUUAGAGGCUAAGGACGUCUAUAAAGGUUAGAGGCUAUGGACGUCUAUAAAGGUUAGAGGCUAAGGACGUCUAUAAAGGUUAGAGGCUAAGGACGUCUAUAAAGUUUAGAGGCAAUGGACGAGUAUAGAUGUUAGAGGCUAUGGACGUCUGUAAAGGGUAGCAACUGGAAGUCUAUAAAGUUUAGAGGCUAUGAACUUGUAUAAAGUUUAGAGGCUAUGGACGAGUAUAGAUGUUAGAGGCUAUGGACGAGUAUAAUGUUUAGAGGCAAUGGACGAGUAUAAAGGUUAGAGGCUAUGGAGGAGUAUAAUGGUUAGAGGCUAUGAACGAGUAUAAUAGUUAGAGGCUAUGGACUAGAAUAAAAGUUAGAGGCUAUGGACAACUAUAAAGUUAGAGGCAAUGAUUGAGUAUAAUGGUUAGAGGCUUAUUUAACCACCAGUAAGUAUAUAAUUUAGUUGCUAAGAAAAUACUACUGUAGCUGUAAUAGAGGUUAUAGAGGGUCGCUCUAUUAAUUUAUAUUACUAUUAGUGAUUAUGUCAUUAAUGCUGAGUCUGCAUAUCUAGCUUAUUUGUUUAUCAAAACAUCUCCUCAGAUCAAUAUCGGCUGGUCCAGAUCAGACAUGGAACAGUCUAUUGUUGUCUGUGAGGAAGGAGAGGUUUCUACAACUUAUAGAUUAAGGACAACUGAUUGAUGAUGUCAUUUCUUUGUGUUCUGAUACUGCCUGCAUUAGUAGCUGCAUUGUGCCAAUGAUUAUCACUACACUGUUUAAUGGGCCGCUGUGACGUGGCAAUACUAGCUAGCUGUGAUUGUCAUGAUAAAAAAAUUGAUGUAAUUAUCAUAUAAAAGGUAAUGGUUAAUGAUAGGUAUGGUAUAUAUCUCUGAGUUUUGAUAUCAAGAAAAUAAGAUGACGUAAUUUACAUUAGAGAAUCACAUUGUUUGUGACUUUUUAUAGCAUGUUUUAGUAAUCUGAACAAAUUUGAUUGGUCAGAUCCUUAACUGUCUCUGGAACAGUGGAACCCUAUUAAAGGAUAAAAACAAUUUGUCAGAGUUUGUACAAUGUAGCUGAUAUAAUGUGUAUAUAUCUAAUAUUAUGUAUAUAUGUUCCUAUAGAAUUCAGUGGUGAGGUGCAUGUUUAAUGGAACAUCCAAUGUUAUACAGAAGUUUUAUUUUCUGUUAAAAUUCUAGUUUGGUUCCACUCUACAUAUAGACAACAAUUCUAGUAUAACCCAGUUGUGAAAAUGGGUACCUGCAUAUGCUAGUAGAUAAGUGAUGUGUAAUGCUACUGCAACUUAAGCUUGUGAUAUCAAAACUUGCGGACAUUUACCGUACAAUGUAGCAAUACUCAGACGAAUGUGAAUAUGUAUAUAUGAUUGUCGGGAGAAUGUCGUUUUAUUGUGAAUGGAAUUUCAAAUGAAUAAAAUAACAAUUGAAAUCAUAA